AAGCUCAGAGCCAAUAAUGGCGAUAGCGUUCACAAUGAAGCCCUCCAUCCACCGCUCUUCUUGGAAAUCCAAAUGCAAAGUUAUACUACUGCCAUUGCUCAUACUUCUUACGGGAGCUAGUGCCACAUCCGGCGGAGGAGCAGCUGCAAACACCACAAUUACGAGUAGUGCAGCUAUUAAUAACAACAGUAAUUACAGCGUGACGUACGAUCGGCGGUCUCUGAUCAUCAAUGGCCAGCGGAAACUGCUCAUCUCCGCCUCCAUUCACUAUCCCCGCAGCGUCCCCGCCAUGUGGCCAGGACUUGUUCAACUGGCAAAGGAUGGAGGAGCUGAUGUUAUUGAAACUUACGUCUUCUGGAAUGGUCAUGAGCCUUUUCCAGGCAAAUAUUACUUUGGUGGAAGGUAUGACCUUGUCAAGUUUUGCAAGAUUGUUCAGCAGGCUGGUAUGUAUAUGAUUCUUCGAAUUGGACCAUUCAUUGCUGCAGAGUGGAACUUUGGUGGAAUACCUGUCUGGCUUCAUUAUGUGCCAGGUACCAUUUUUCGGACGGACAAUGAACCAUUUAAGUAUUACAUGCAGAAUUUUAUGACCUUCAUAGUAAAUCUGAUGAAACAAGAGAGACUUUUUGCAUCUCAGGGAGGCCCUAUCAUCUUGGCACAGGUAGAAAAUGAAUAUGGCUUCUAUGAAGCAGCAUAUGGAGAAGGAGGUAAAAGGUAUGCCUUGUGGGCAGCAAAAAUGGCUCUUUCUCAAAAUACCGGUGUCCCUUGGAUAAUGUGUGAGCAGUUUGAUGCUCCCAUCGAAGUGAUUGACACUUGCAACUUGUUUUACUGUGAUCAAUUCACACCACUCUCUCCAAACAAGCCCAAGAUUUGGACAGAGAAUUGGCCUGGAUGGUUUAAGACAUUUGGGGCCAGUGAUCCUCACAGGCCUCCCGAGGACAUUGCUUUUUCUGUUGCUCGUUUUUUCCAGAAAGGUGGAAGCGUACAAAACUAUUACAUGUAUCAUGGUGGAACAAACUUUGGUCGCACAUCAGGUGGUCCAUUCAUUACCACAAGUUAUGAUUAUGAAGCACCAAUAGAUGAAUAUGGUCUAGCAAGAUUUCCCAAGUGGGAACACCUUAAACAACUUCACAAAGCAAUAAAGUUGUGUGAGCAUGCUUUGCUGAAUAAUGAGCCCACCUUGCUCUCACUAGGUCCUUUACAAGAGGCAGAUGUCUAUGAAGAUGCAUCAGGAGGAUCUUGUGCUGCAUUCCUUGCUAAUACAGAUGAUAAAAAUGAUAAGGUGGUAGUAUUUAGGAAAAUGUCAUACAAUCUGCCAGCAUGGUCUGUCAGCAUUUUACCAGACUGCAGGAAUGUGGUGUUCAACACAGCGAAGGUCAGCUCUCAAACUUCUUUAGUUGAGAUGAUACCAUCAGAUUUGCAGCCAUCAUCAGCAUCACCAGUUAGGGGCCUGAAAGGUCUUCAGUGGGAAGUCUUUAAGGAAAUAGCUGGAAUUUGGGGAAAUGCUGAUUUCAUAAGGCGUGGCUUUGUAGAUCACAUCAACACUACAAAAGAUACUACUGACUACCUUUGGUACACAACAAGUUUGUUUGUUGAUGAGAAUGAGGAAUCACUCAUAAAUGGAGGCAAUGCUAUCCUUCAGGUUGAAUCAAAGGGCCAUGUUCUGCAUGUCUUCAUCAAUAAAAUGUUUCAAGCUACUGCAUCUGGAAAUGGUUCAGUACCAUCGUUUAAACUGCGAAGCCCUAUUUCCCUCAAGGCAGGGAAGAAUGAAAUUUCUCUACUAAGCAUGACCAUGGGCUUACAAAAUGCUGGAUCAUUUUAUGAAUGGGUUGGGGCAGGUCUAACGAGUGUAAAAGUUGAGGGGUUCAAGAAUGGGACAGUUGACUUGUCUUCAAACACUUGGACCUACAAGAUUGGGUUAAAAGGAGAAAGCCUGAGGAUAUAUGAGGGAUAUGGUUUGAACAGUAAAAUGUGGGUACCAACUUCAGCACCACCAAAAGGACAACCCCUAACAUGGUAUAAGGCUGUGGUUAAUGCUCCACCUGGAGAUGAACCUGUUGGACUUGACAUGAUCCAUAUGGAGAAAGGCAUGGCUUGGUUGAAUGGAGAAGAAAUUGGUCGAUAUUGGCCCAGGAAAAGCUCUAAAAAUGAUAAAUGUGUUCUUCAAUGUGACUACAGAGGCAAAUUCAGCCCUAACAAGUGUAACAAGGGUUGUGGAGAACCCACACAAAGAUGGUACCAUGUGCCACGGUCAUGGUUCAAGCCAGCAGGAAACAUCUUGGUGAUCUUUGAAGAAAUAGGUGGAGACCCUACACAAAUUAAAUUCUCUCUCCGAAAAGUCUCAAGCAUCUGUGCUCAUGUUCCAGAAGAUCACCCUUCCCUUGAUCUUGAACAUCUACAACAUGGUGAAAUUGAGAAAAACAUAGGAAAGCCAACUCUUAAAUUGAAGUGCCCAACGAAUACUCGAGUUUCUUCGGUUACAUUUGCCAGCUUUGGAACUCCUACCGGCACAUGUGGCUCCUAUACUGAAGGAAACUGCCAUGACCCAAACUCUGUCUCAUUGAUCAACAAGGCUUGCAUGAACCAGAGUAAGUGUGCAGUAGAACUCUCUAAUGGGAAUUUUAAUAUGGGAUUGUGCCCCAACACAACAAAAAUACUUGCAGUUGAAGUCCAAUGUAGCUGAAGGAUGCGUAUUACCUUAUAUUAUAUUCAGCAAAAAACUAUGUUAUUAUUAUGUUGUAUUUUCUUUUUACUGUUCUUUUAGUCGAUUGUCCAAGCAAUAGUUACAGCCCAAUAUGUAGAUAGUAUCUGUGUUUGCAUUUGUCCCCUUUAACAAGCAUAGUUGGUUUGUCUUUGAGUUGAGCAAGAUGAGCGAGUAAAGAUCUUUUAAGAAACAUGUAUAAAGAUGUAAUUCUAUGGUUUCACAAAGGUUAUUGUAAA